GGUAAAUCUAGUUUAAAUGUCAAUAUUAAUCAUAAUGAUGUUUAAUGUUAAGAUUGGAUGAAAGGAGCUAUUAUUCCUGAUUUGUAGAUGUGUCAGUUUUUACAAUAAGAAUAUUGCCGGUGAUGUUACAAACUCACAAAUGGCCACGUAAUAAAUAUGUCAUAGUAGUGUAAUAAAUACCGAGAGGUUAACAUCUUUGUAUACAGGUGUGACUUAUUAUAUCAUGGAAUCUAAAACAAUUAAAUGAAAAAAUCUGUUAUUUUUUCAGAGUAAAAAAUAUACUGUGUAUAUUAUUAUUAUUCAGCAGGUGUGAAAAUGAACUUCGCAAUGAUUGAUUCAACAAGGGAACCAGUUAUUUUUCCACACAGGAUGGCCAGACUAAAUCUUCAUUGGAAAAUGUCCGAAACGGACUUCGAGUGCAAAAAUCUGAAGGCGAAGGCUGUUUUCUCCACUUCAAUGGCGGAAGGCGACUGGUUGCUGCUCAGGGGCCAGUGUGAGAAGGCGGCGGAGAGCUACAGCACGGCUCUGACACUAAAACCCAACGACAAGUACUGCCUCGUGGGCCGCUCCAAGUGCUACCUAAAGAUGGGUCAGUACGAAAACGCCCUGAGGGACGCCGAAGCUUCACUUCAAGAAGACGAGUCCUUUUUUCAAGGGUUGUACCAGAAGGCCGAGGCUUUGUAUUGCAUGGGCGAGUUUGAAUUCGCGCUUGUGUUUUACCACCGAGGGCUGAAGCUGCGUCCACAAGUUCAAGACUUCCAAUUGGGUAUCCAGAAAGCGCGGGAGGCCAUCAAGAACGCCACGACAGUCCCAGCUGCCGUCAGACAGAAGCUUAAAGAUGGCACUUUGCAAAAAGAUGAGCAGCCGACGACAAUAUACAAAAAGCUUCAAGCCUGCGAGACAGAGAAGAAGACCAAGAAAUAUCUCGGGGAGUUUUAUGAAGACCGGAAAUAUCUAGAGAACCUUUUGAAGGAUGAAGCUCUCGUGAAAAGCAGGACGAGGAAUGGCGAGCAACUGCAGGACAUCAUCCAGGGCUGUCUCACUUACUUGGACUACUGCGCUGACUUCUGGAACCAGCAGAAGCCCCCGCGUCCCCCACCCAAAGACCCUCAACGUCAGCGAAGUUUGGCGUCAGAAAAGAGCAAGCGCGGUUUGAAGAAGGCUCGGGGGGUGGUUCCGCAGACGGCGGGGGAACGGUCGGACAAGGACGUGCCGGAUGAGAAGCGGGUUUCGGGAAGCGCGUGCAGCUUCCCCGGGAACGCUUUGGUGGACCUCAGGGAGAUGGACAAAGCAACGGAGCGCCACCUCGAGGACUUGGAUUUAGAUGAAAAAUGGUGAGGACAUCUCAGAAUGAUAGCAGUAGGUGGCGAAAACAUACCUGGUGAUGAUGCCCCCCCUCCCACAUCCCACAUGAGUUUCGUCAGUGACCGCCGGGUUCUACCUGAGGGACGCCGUCAUCGCAAUACCCGCGAUAUGCGCAGUGACGUGCGACGGAAUACACGCACGGCGGCCGGGACCGGUCGCAGUCGAAAUGCAAACGCCACGACAUUAAAACCAGCUGGAUCUGGUUGCACUGGUUUCCACAAUCUCAAGAGUUUUAUUUGAAGGGUCAAGACACGCCAAGUCCAUAAAUGUACUCUGGAUGAGUUUAUGAAUAUCUUUUUCCCGUCCCCGCCGCAAGAAUUGAAGAAUACGACUGUUAAGAUGCGGUCACGGACAAUGUAACUGGCAGGGGUUCAAGAUGCAACGUGUUGUCAUUUCAAAGUGGGUCAUUUCUUUGUUAACGAGCCAUGACCGAUGAAUGGUAUGUUUGUAUUUUUCUUUCGUUCAAAUUGAAAAAAAAAACAGUUAUUUCUUAAAUUGCUUUAGACCUCCUAUCAAAAUAUCUCAAUUGUAGGUUUGGUGCAUUUCCAUUUAUUUUUGAAUAUAUUACACAGGUUAUCCAAACAACUGUAAAAAUGAAGUGCUGCCACUAAUGGUGAGCAGGUAUGGAAGUAAAUAUGUGCCACCAGAAUUUGAAUUUGAAAUGCCACAAAAAACAGGAUAUGAUUUUGAAAUGUAAAGUGAUCACAUUUUCAAUAGUUGUAUUUCAGCGUAAGUUGUCAAUGUUAAUUCAACCGGCUACAAUUGGCUGUCUAAAAUUCAGCAUCUGUUUCCACCGGCCGGGGUUACUUCAGGUCAGAACCGAACAGUCAGCCAAUCGCAGCUACGCUUUUUUAGUCACGUGAUGUCACAUAUUAAGAAAGCGUUACUGAAUUGGCUGACUGCUUGGUUCUGACCUGAAGUAACCCUGCCUGGUGGCACAGACGGUGAAUUGUGUCAACUAUUGAAAAUGUUAUCACUUUACAUUUAAAAUUCAAAUCCUGUUUUCUGUGGCAUUUCAAAUUCUUAUACUGGUGGCAAUAAUUUACUUCCAUAAACAGAUCUGAUUAUACACCUGGCCAGCAGGUGGUGUCGUGCGCACAGUUCGCUUGAAGAGAUGAGGCUUCAGUUCACCAACACGAAUUAAGGUUGAAAAUGCUGAAUACAUGAACAUAUUAACAUCGUCUUGAUCAU